GUCGGAGAAAGAGAGGCAGUCAGACCGGCAGACAGGCAGACACUGCCAGACAGGACAGGCAGGACAGGACAGGCAGACACCUCAGGUCAUCAAAUGUAACGCCAGACUGCAACAUCCAUUGCCGCAGUGCGUGUUCAAUGUGACUGUUGUGUACGCGCACGGCUUUAUCCACUUCUCGGCGCCCCGUCAGCAGCCACUCGUUCGUUCGUUCGUUUUCGCUGUUGGCUGUUGGCUAUUGCUGUUGCUGUUGGCUGUUGAUGCUGAUGUUGCUGGGGACGAGUUGGGAACGCCGCGCUCGCUCUGCAUGGCCAUGAUGCACCCAAUUGGCACUUCCCCUUCCCAAUCCCUUCCCAAUCCCCUUUCCUUCCCUGGCCGCCCGCCUGAGCUGCUGAUUGAUUCUCUGACACUGACACACCAGUUGAUGACCAUCGGCCUGACCUACCUGAUUCUCUCCUCGACGGGACACCCGCCUGCCCGCCUGCCCGCCCGCACACACCCCCCCCUCCCCCCCUAGCAACCCCCAAGAGGCCACACGCGCGGCUCUCAUCAACACCAUCUGCAACAAUAACCUAAUAAAUGCCUCGAUGAAACCUUCUGCAUCCAUCCAUCCACCCAUCCAUCCAUCCACUCGACACACUACUGUUCCCCCGACGUCCCUGGCUCCGAUCCCGCUGCUUACCACUAAGGUACUACCUACAUACACUACUACCUACCUACACUACUACUACUACUACUACCACUACUACUACUACUACCGCGACCACCACGACUACCUACAUACCUGUACCUUACCACUACCUACUACCACUAUUACCACUCCUAUCCGCCUGCCACUGCCUCUGCCUCUGCCGCCGCCUCAACUGCUGCUGCCGCCGCGGCGCUCGCUCCGCUUCCAGGAUCGCAACCUGAUGUAUCACCACCAUGCUGCCCGCGUGUCGUCUACUCCCAUCCUGGUCCACUGCUACUCCUAAUACAUAACCUCGCCCUCUAGACGGGCUACCACCCCCCAGUCCCCCACUGCUGUCACAAGCACCACCUACCCAGGCCUGCUCCUUUAUUACCUUAACCCCGAGGGACCGCUGGAGGCCAUCGUCUCACAUCAUCGCCUUCCAUUCAUUCACUCUCGCUCUCUCAUAUACCACCGACCCUCGGUCCUCUACCGGGGCAUCUCUAUCCGCCACGCCUCCGCCGUAUAUGACUUCCAGUGGCCUUGCUGUCGCUCGCUACUGCCUCCAGGUUCUCUCGGGCCUGCUGCACUCGGUCAAGCUGGGGAAGGCAAUGAGUGCGGUGAUGCAUUCGGUAGUGAGAGUGGUGCACUCCACCUACACCACAAAGCCACGCGUGGGCCAUCAUCAUGUAGCCCCGAAGCGAGGCCUGCACGAUAAGAGCAUGGACGACUUCCUCCAAGAGACCCGAGAGCUGUUCGAGGCUGAUCUGCAGACGGAUCGCCUCUUGGCAAUAUCUACACAACUGCAGACCGAAUGUUGGGAACGACUAGAGAAGUCGGCAAUUUCCAUGUUGCCGUCAUAUACCCAUACAUUACCCACCGGACACGAGCGGGGCGAUUUCCUCGCUCUGGACGUGGGAGGCUCGACCUUUCGCAUUGCUCUCAUACGCCUUUCGGGGAAGAGCAAGCCGGGUGCUGAUGGUUUGCAGAUCCGCAGGAUACGCAGCUUCGCCAUUACGGAGCAGAUCCGCGGCCUCGAAGGGCAAGCCUUCUUCGACUGGAUGGCUGAGAGGAUUGGUGACAUGCUGGGCGAGUACAAUCAUCUCAAUGGUACAACGAACGCACGACUGGCCAUGGGAUUGGCCUGGUCGUUUCCCAUCGAGCAGACAUCACCGCGCAGUGGCCGGCUCGGAGCCAUGGGAAAGGGCUUCAAGGCGAACCAGGGCGUAGAGGGGCAGGACCUGAGCGAGCUCAUCAUGCGGUCAUGCAACGCCCGCAACCUGAAUGUGCAAAUGCGGGCCAUCAUCAAUGACAGUGCCGGCACUCUCAUGUCGCAAGCCUAUCGCGAUCCUUCGACCCGCAUGUCUCUGAUCUUGGGUACAGGCACCAACGCGGGUGUCUUCCUCCCUCGCAAGUCAUUAGGAACGUUGAAGUUCGGCGUGCGGCCCGAGUCAUGGUAUGAACAGGCGGAGCGUGUGCUGAUCAAUACAGAGUUCAGUAUGAUUGGACAGCAUUCAUUACCCAAGACGAGAUAUGACGAAAAGUUGAAUACUAACCAUUCUUUGCCCGAUUUCCAGCCAUUGGAAUACCAGAUCUCGGGUCGAUACCUGGGAGAGAUUGCCCGGCUGAUCUUGGUGGACGCAGUCGAGCACGCAGGCCUCUUUGGCGGGCACAUGCCCGAGGGCUGGGAGCACGCCUACUCCUUCGACUGCAAAACACUAGCAGCAUUUGAGAGCGACCCUUCUCGAAACUUGGAAAAGGCGCGCUCUCUGUUUCUGCAGGCACACCCCCUUCCCUCCACGCCGCGGACGCGAGACCUCGAAUUGGUGCGCGAUGUCGCAUGCCUCGUGUCUCGCAGAGCAGCUGCGCACCUGGCGACGGCCAUGCACGCGCUCUGGACGGUGCGCACCGAGGCCGAAGCCCUGACCAGAUCGUCUGCUGGCGUCACCAUCGCGUGCAAUGGAACCAUUAUUGAAAAGUAUCCGGGCUUUCGGCAACGUUGUCAAACCUAUCUGGAUGACCUCUGCGAACAGUCUGGUGGCUCACGAGGUGCCGUCACGUUGAGCAUGGCUCCGGAAAGUUCUAUAUUCGGUGCUGCCGUGGCAGUCGCUUGUAUGGAGGCACAAGCGUGAACAUGUGUGGUGUCCAUUUCUUGUCUGAUCUUUUAUUUUUGGAGAAUUCCCAGUCUUCUGAGAUACCACUACUACUACCGCUACGUGUUCGAAAGAAAGCAUGAUGAGCGAUUGGGGGCGCAUGGCGUUGUGGCGACUUGUGGGGUAGCGUGUCGUUGCUACCUUCAUCGUCAAUUCUUCUCACAUUACGAAUACAAGAAAAUCCUUUUCACAGUUCUCCUCCCAUCAUGAUGAACGACUCUCGCCAGGCGAGUCAGAAUUCUU